AUGAUUAAAUUAAUAUCUAAUUUUUGUUCUCUUCAAAAAUACUACCCUACAAAAUAUGUAGCACCAAAUUUAUGGAUCAAUGGAAAAUAUAUUCCAAUAUUUAAAUAGAGAGAGUUAACUUAAGAAGAGUAAAAAUAGAAAUAAUAUUUACGAAUUGUAAAAUUGAUUCCAAUCACACUUUAUUCUAGUUAUUGGCUAUUUUUUGGAUCUUUAGAUGUUCUUCACAUAUCAGCAUUUUUAGGAAUAUUUGUAUUAUAUUUGAAUAAUGAUAUAGUUAAUCUAUUCUAAACAAAGAUUUACAUAUUUAAAAUAAGAAGCUAAGAAACCUGAAUAUAUUUAUAUGGAUAAAAAUGGCAAGGAUUAUAUUAUUAUUUAUAAAUUGAAUGCUUCUGAACCUAAAAGUAUAUGUGAAGAUUAAGAAUUAAAAGAGACUUUUAAAUUGAGUGAGAAUUAAGGAUUAUUUAAAUUUAAUUAUAAUGAUUUCAAAAUUGUAAAUUCUGCAGUUUAACCAAAAAGUGAAUAUGAAUUUUUUAAUUUAUUUGUCUUAGAGAAUAGUGAAGAAGAAUUUAGUAAAAGACCUCAUAAUAUGUUUGAACUGGAUAUUAAUAUGAAAUUAAUUUUAAUAAAGUUUUGGUAAAAUGAAUAUAGUGGUAUGAAUGAAUAUUUAAAUGCUUUGAUGAGUAAGAAAUAAAUUAUAAUAAAAUGA